AUGAAGUUCGUGCGCUUUUUGCUGUUGUGUUUCCUCGCCGUAUGUUUAUUGUGUUUCACAGCGAUUUUGUUGCUUCCCAGAGUCAACGAAAAGAACAUUAUACGUUUGCCGAGCAAGGCGAUUUCGGAAUACGCUGAUUUCUUCGCUGCCAAGUUCAGUCACGCGUACGGGUGAGUGAAAGCCGCUUGUGAACUUGUUCACUCUUUGCUGAUUUCAAUUGUUACGGUGUGUAGCGGCAUUAAAAGCCGAUUCGCCACGCCAUCGAAUCCUAGGUCACAAAAAUCAAAAGCCACAGUGUUGGUAUUCGUAACCACAAUCAGCAACGCCGAGUGCAACCCAGGCAAACAUCGAUCACUAUGAACAUUUUCAGGCAGCUUUAUUUUUCAAACGGGUUUGUUGUUUGUUUUUCAUGAAGGAACUACAGCUCAUCAGGAGCGAUUUGAUUGGUUAUGUCUUUGAGCUGAUAUCCCCCUGUGAUGUAUUUGGGUUAUAUUUUUUAAAUGCCACUGUCGUCAACAACUCGCCCGAUCUAGACUCAAUUCUUAGUAAAGUUUUCAUUUACAGAUUUCCUCAGUUUUGUGACUGCAUGAUGAUGGUAAAUCAGUUUACUAUAUUUUAAAGCCUCGUUAUAACGAAGCGUGCUUGGAAGGUUUAUGAUUUAAACCCCUAGCCUGAAAAUAUUUUUGCCAUCAUUUCGCGACCCGUGAAAUGAACAAAUGGCAUGGUGGUAACACAGUGGCGGCGUCGCGGAAUGGUGGCUGUUGACCCAUAAAAGGAUUUUAUAUCAUAUGGGGCAGGAGACUGUCCUUUGGCGAGGCCCUUUUACCGAGCAGCAAAAUGACAAAUAAGCUCUUUAGGGAUCUUUAUUGAGUAUUGAGAAUCGAGGAUCCUGAUAUUUUGCCCAAAGAUCACAGGGGGUACUCCGGAUUUCAAGUGAGGGGGUGAUCGAAUAAGGGGGGGGCGUAAGGCUUCCAACAAAACCCAAAAAUUCCCUGGGCAAAAAAUUGACCCCCAAAAAAUCCCAUGCCGAAUUUCCGAACCUUCAAAUUUUCCAGAAAGCAUUCAAUGAUUUAACAUGUGUCAGAGCCUAUAUUGCAGUAUAAGUUUCAAUAUUUUAUUCUUACCUUUAAAACGGAACUCAGUUUUAUCAGAGUUAACUUUUCACCAUUUCAAAUAUGAUUUCAAAACAAUGACUUUCAGAUCGCAGAAAACUUUGCAAAGAUGAAAGUUUAUUCAGCUUGGAAAAGUUAUUGACGUGAGCCGCACACUCAUUCCAACUGAAGGCCUUGAUGAUUCCCUUGAAACGUAUGAAAUUGAGAGGUAGUGUAGGUGAACCAGUAUUCAAACACAAUCGUUGUACCCCGGCGUUCACCACAAAAAAUGUGGUCUGGGGUCGAUCUUAUAUUAUCACAAGUUAAGAAGACUUGCCAGCAACGGUUUCAUUGCGUUCGAGGUACGAGAUUUGUGUUGGGCUUUCUGUGCAAUAUUGGGUGCCCUGUGCAAUUAAUAAGGGAGGUUUUUUUCGAGAUUGCAUUUGUCGUCGUCGUCGACACACAUUUGCCUCGCUUUGAGGCGCUUGCUUACGUUUUGCCUCACUUUGAAGAACUAACUGACGUAGUGAUUCGUGCGUCCUCAAGCGUUUUCUGAGGUCUUUUAUUGUCUUCAUCUUUAAAAGUUUGCUGAAUCUUCGUAAAGCGUACAUAUUUCAAGAGUUUGCUGAAGGUCUACUAUCGAUCUGUCUUUGCUGAAUCCUUUAAAACGUUCAUCUUUCAAAAGUUUCGGCUGCCGUUGUACCACAAAGUAAAUCUACCGAGUUGUGUAGCUCGGCGGCCGUUGUGGCACAAAGUAAAUCUACAUAGUUGUGUAGCUCGGCGGCCGUUGUGCCACAAAGUAAAUCUACCGAGAUGUGAAGCUCGGAGGCGCCGUUUCAUCGAGACUUGUGAUAUUUUCGGCACCGGACAAAGGAACAUUUUAGCUCUAUGUUAUUUAUUCAGAAAAACUUAUAAACAGCCUACAGUAGCUCCACUCAAGUCACUGAAAUCAACACACUCGGCACUCGCUGGAGAGUGGUUUCCAUAUGAUAGCUGAACUUUUUUUCUCAGCGAUCCGACACCGAUCACAGCGAUCGUAGCGAUCAUAUGGAAACUGAGCUUAAUCCAUCGCAAUAAUCAUCCGCCCUUCCUCCUCAACUCCUACCUGUACGCCUUACAAACAUAUCGAACGCACUCUUCUAAGCUCCAAUUACUCCUAGAGUUUUAUAGUAAAUUUCAGUUAUUGUCUACAUGUGGAAUUCCCAAUAAACAAAGUUAAUGAUUACAUCUAAAACUUUGUCAACUGUUUGCUUUUUAAUAACACGUGGACCGGGUUGUUCAAAGCUUGGUUAAGAUAAUCCAGGCGAGGGUUAGUGCGAAAUUUGAAUUCAGAUGUGAAAGCUUCAUUUUGUCAACAAGUUGAUGGUUGGACGCUGUUAAAAAUAACAGAGAAAAUUACCCAAAGAAACGUUUUUGAACAAAAGAAAAAGAGACCCGGAUUAAGCGCUGACCGGCCUUCGAAAAACUGCGCCCUGUAGAACAUCUAUUGCACCUGUAAAACAAAAAGUUCUUUUUACUCUCCCGACGCAUUCUGGACAGUGUCUCCUCAACUUACAACCACUUGAGACGAACCAUACGACACCACUCUGAUCACUAGCCUUCAAAACCUGUUUAUAAUGAUACACAGUUCAAAUAGAGAAUUCACUGUACGCAACCCUUACGUUCAAAGUUACUAACGACCUUGUACCUCUGGCAUUGUUUGUGACGUUGGCCACGCAGCCAGCGAAGUAUUCUACCGCGCUUUAGUCUCAUCCCGUCCUUCAUUUAUUUCGAAUCGUCCCAAAAAAAUACUUUCCUAAUUUUCCUAUCCAAAAAAAUCCCGGGGAAUCGAAAAUUUCAAACAAACAAAAAAUCCUUUGAUCAUCUCCAUCACUUGAAAUCCGGUGUACCCCUGCACUCGCACAUUUCUCCUUUUUCUACGCGAUGUAUUUACAAGGAAGGUAGUUUUACCAUGGCGCUACAUCAGUGCUAGGGUUGCCUUAGCAAGAGAAUUACCCUACCUGCCUUGUAAACGCUUGGCCUGCAGCGCAGCCGUAUUUUGGGUGGGCGAAAGCUGCCCGUUUUUAUGUUCGUAUUGUAACGUUUUAGCCGCCGUCGUUUUUGGUCUUAUGACAGAGGAAGAUUGGGGAAUGUAGAAAUAGCAAUCCUUAGGACCGGUUAUUUAAACGAAAUGUAACCUAAGCCGCCGUUAUGAUAAAUCUUUGGAUCUCCAGAUCUCUUCCUUAGUGGCUUAUUUUAAAAAGAUAAAUACUUUUCUAGUCUACACUAUAAUGUCUUCAUAAAACUUUCACAAUUAAUGGUGUUUAGGUAAAACCGUUGGGCAAAUUGAAAAUGGCUUAGAUCCUGGUUUUGUUAAACACUGGCUAAACUUUGUUUGAAUAACUUCGCCCUUAGGGUUUCUUAGGGGGAAAGAAGGAGAUGGGAGAGUGGAGGAGAGAAAAAAUGCUUCUAUUUUCAGUUUUUAUGUUGCUGUUGUUGUUUGUAGCAACGAAGAAGCAAAUAUCAAGGCAGUUGGUUCGUCAAGAAAACAGUCCGUUCCUGCUGGUCUCCUGGCGCCACAGAACGGAGAGCUGAAUUUAAGAAAUGUCAGCAACGUUGAUCGCGAGUUUGAAGAAUUAUUGAGGAACGUAAAUGACCAGGAUGAGGAAAACAGCAAAGAGUCGUUAGAAGGCACGAACCAAGAGGCAUCGACAGAAACAGGAAUUCUUAAAUAUGACGAAUUAAGGUAAAGAAAUUCUGGUCUUUAUCAGGCGCAAACUUAAACUUAUUUCAUCAUAAACGGAGUUUAAAUCUAGCUGGAUUUUUUGAAAACGUUACUGCCAAAUGGACCUCUUCCGUCCAACAGAUUUUUUUGGUCAAAAACUAUCUCCAAAGUAUCCAUUAUAAGAACUAAGAGAGUCCCAUUGCUUUGUUCUCUUCUCCUCCUUUCUUCCUAAUCGCUCUUUCUCUUUCUCCUGUCCUUUUCCUUCGUUUCUGUUAUAUUCGAACUUCUCGGGCGCAAAAACCUGACUUUUGACGCUUUUUGGCUUCAGUGACUGCACAUUUCGCUAGGUUCGUCUUCAGAAAAUCGCCUAGAUAAACAGACGUACCUCUCUAUGCGACCACUCGUCGUAAGCGACCAACUACAUUGUAUUCAAAACACCAGAAUUUUCCCAGUCUAAUCACUAUAAUUUGGAACCCCUCGUAAGCGACCGCGAUCACCUUUUUUUUCGAUGGCGGUUUUAGAAUUUUCCAUCGGAGGUUUAUUCUCCCGUAAGCGACCAAUUGAGACAUGGUUCGAUCACUUUGUUCGUUGUAUGUACUACACUAGUCAGGGUAUGCGAAGACCUUUUUGUGACAACAUGAAACUACACAUUUGAUAGGUUAGUAGAAACUGCACGCAAUGCGUUCUUCUCUAAAAUGUACGUGUGUGUCGAUCCGGACCUUUUCUAUGAAUGGACCCUCUCUAGUAGUUCGAUUUGUGUAAGCGAUCACUAAAUCGUUUCAUUUUUGGUGGACGCUUACACGAGGUUCAACUGUAUUAGAGAGAUUUAGAGUGACGUUUACGGCAAACGGCAAACGUGAAUUUAUAUCACGUGACCAAGUUUUCUCAACACCUGUUGUUUACUGCCCAUUACUUCUGCAAAACGUUUAAGAAUUUUUACGUCAUUUUUAUCCAUAAAAAUUGUUGAGCUGCUUUUAUUUUUGCCUAUUUUUUAUUUUGAGAAAUUCUUAACUCGAAUCUGAAGUUUGCCGUUCCCCGGGUUCUCUCCUACCCGUCCUUACCGUGCGACGGGUAGGAGACAGAACCUGGGAACGAGAUUUGUAAAGGUGACUCUUAACCUCUCUAUUACCUGUUAGGUGGUCACGUGGUAGCAACUCGGUAAUUAACAGUUUGUGAUGUCGCUCGGUUGACAUUUCGUAGCCUGUUCCAGUCGUUUAGAGAGUGGAAUCAGAGAGCGGGGUAAAACUAGAGGGGAGGAGAGGGAUGUGCUCUAACCCCCUACCCCAACCCCUUGAUAUUGUUCCUGCUCACAUCUUUUAUAUACCGUAAAUCCACUAUUAAGCCCUCCCCCCCCUCUCUAAUAGCCCCCCCUUUUUUCAGAGGAGGAAAGUUAAUAAGCCCCCCCUCCAAGCCCCCCUCCAAUCCUUAUUCUUCGCAAAAAAAUUAACGAUUAACGUGGACUGAUCAGUUAUGGUUUAUUCAUAAAAAUUACCGAAGAACGUGAGGUCGAAAGCACAUUUUUGAAGGAUAAGAAUUUUGUUUUUGUUACUUUUAGGCUCCCACAAGUGAAUUAAAUACUUUUGACGGUGACUUUAAUUGUACAAUGCGUAAGUCUACUCCGUCUCAUACCACGGUAUUUUUGCUACAGGUGAUGCGUUUCGCUAAAUUAAAUAAGCCCCCUCUCUUUUAAGCCCCCCCUCAAAAGUGCUUGAAAAAAAUAAACCCCCGGGGGGCUUAAUAGAGGAUUUACGGUAUUACAAUUCUAACAUGACUCCGAGGCUGUAGGGUCAAAAUUGCAAAGUUUUCACGACUCCAUCGUCUCGCAAUUCCUAGAAGAGACGAGCACAAAGAAAGCCAAACCAAAUAUAGAAAAAUUACCAGAAAGCCUCAGAGUCAUGCCAGAAUUUUGCUAUGGGCUACUUGCUUAGAGCAUGAGGAAUGUAACAAGAAUUGCACGUGAUAGUUGACCAGUUAUAUAAUAAGGUCUAGAUUACAUAUCCUAAACUGUCGGACUGCUCUGAAAUUUCGGCAGUCCUCUGAAAAAAUUUUAUUUCAUCUUUCUCUAUGCAUUAUUUCCUUUAAAUCAGUUUCAGUCAUUUAUUAUUUUUUUUCAACAGCUGCAAGCCUUAUAACCACAUCGCGUUUCUCAAAACACACAAAACCGGAAGUAGUACACUUACCAACAUUCUGAACCGUUAUGCGGAUCUCCGAGAGCUCAUAAUCGCACUUCCGAUGAGGCAUCUUUACCGUUUCGGCUGGCCGAACUAUUUCCACUGGAGUAGCGUCGACUUGUGGCGUCUUAAUGGCAAACCUGCUAGUGUCCUGUGCAACCAUGCACGUUACAGGAGACCGCUAAUGGACGUAGUCUUGCACAGUGACACCAAGUUUAUCACAAUACUCCGUGAUCCAGUAUAUCAAUUUGAGUCAACGUUUAACUACAUGGAAUUGUAUCGGUUUCUUAGACUGACCAAUUACUCGAACCCUUUGGAGGUUUUUCUGACAAAUCCCCGUGGUUACCUCAGAAACUUAGCAAGAACUGAAACGCCGUUCCCUGAAUCAAUGCAUCUUGUGCGAAACGGAAUGUUCUUUGAUUUAGGACUGGCUCCUUUAGCACAGGACAACGAUGAGGAAAUUCUCAACGCCAUAAAGAAAAUCGAACAUGAAUUUACUUUGGUUCUUAUGAUGGAGUAUUUCGACGAAAGCCUUGUUCUUCUCAAGCGAGAAUUUUGCUGGGAUUUAGACGAUGUUAUCUACAUUAAACAAAAUGAACGGAAAGUCGGUACAGAUACUUCCAAAAAGGUUCUUUCUCUGCAGCUAAAAGAAAAGAUACGCGCAUGGAAUAAAGCGGACGUGCUACUCUACGAUCACUUUAACAAAACUUUCUGGGAGAAAAUUAAACAACAUGGACGUGGUUUCUACAAAGACCUCGAGGAUUUAAGGCGAAAGAACCGUGAAAUGUACCAUGACUGUGUUUCACCAGAAGAAGUAACGGAAACUGCGUUUCGAUUAACCGGAAAAAUUCGAGGGUUUAAGCUUAACGAGGGAGUCUCUCGCUUUAACAAGUAUUUAUGCCAAAAACUGCUUAGAAAUGAGAUAGAUUAUAUUAAUUAUUUUAGAGAAAAACUUCACCCGUACUCGGAGUAUCAGAAGCAACUGAGAGCUGCGGGAAGGGCCCCACCUCUAGAACAAGCUGCAGGCAAUAUCAUUACUAACAGGAUUAAAGCAAUGCGGGUCCGACUUUUAAAUUCAACAGGAAUCAGGGGUGUCCAAUCGCAGCCCAGUCGUCAAACAGUACAAGACAUUUCUCAAAGAGUACAGAGCGCCGCCCAAAACGUGCGGGUCGUCCCGAAAAGAGCGCAGGUCGCCGCCCAAAACGAACGAUUGCAGAACGCCGCUCAAAAUGUACGGGUCGUUCCUUAA